UUUCAGCGUCAGAUGGAAUGCAGAGACAGGUUUAGACCUGAACUUCCGUGUGAGGCAGGAAGUAAGCAAACUGUAAGUGACUACAUACAAGCGCUACAGCUCAGCAGCCUGCUGCAUGUGGGUUGGGUGGUGUCCACCGUUAAACAGGAAAGAGAGAGGCAUUUUACUGAAAACUUAUUUAUGACCCCACAACCUUGUUAUUAAGGCUGAAAUAUAAACCAAGAAGUUUACUUCAACUAUGACGACUUCCACAUGAGACACCAAACAGAAUUCAUUAUUCCAGAAAGUAUUACAUAUGGACAUGAUGGAAGACAUUGAUGCCAUGUUCAGCGACAUGCUGCAGGAGAUGGAUCUCCUAACGCAGAGUUUGGGAGAAGAAGCAGAGUCUGCGCCUUUGCCUAAAACUUCCUCCAUUCCUGAACCUCAGCAAAUGAACUUUUCCAUUGGUUUUACAGAUUUUAAUGCAUCCCUGCAUGAUCUGGAAGACAAUGACUUAGAUGCCUUGAUGGCUGACCUGGUGGCAGACAUCAGUGCCACAGAGGAAAAGUUUGCCACAGAAAGAGAUACGUCAAAGGAUUCAGCUCCAUUUGCCCCAACACCCUUACAGCCUCAGAGUAACUUUGGCCUUCCAGCGUCAACUGACACCUCAAAACCUGCAACUUCCUCCAACUCCAUUGCAGCUCCACCCCCACCACCUGCCACUAAACUAUCGAAAGAAGAACAAGAGGAACAGCUCAAAGCAGAUAAAAUCAAGCUUGCUUUGGAGAAGCUAAAGGAAGCCAAAGUGAAAAAGCUGGUCGUGAAAGUGGUGAUUACAGAUGGCAGCUCAAAGACUCUGAUGGUGGAUGAGAGACAAACAGUCAGAGAUGUGAUGGACAACCUAUUUGAGAAGACACACUGUGACUGCAAUGUGGACUGGUGUGUGUGUGAGACCAACCCUGACUUACAGACUGAGCGGGGGUUUGAGGACCAUGAGAACCUAGUGGAUCCUCUUUCUACAUGGACCAGGGACAGUGAAAACAAAGUGAUUUUUCAGGAGAAAAAAGACAAAUAUGAAGUGUUCAGAAACCCUCAGAUGUUUUAUAUGUGGAAAAAAGAAAAGAAAUCUCUAAUGGACAUGAAAGAAAAAGACAAAGAACAACUUCUGGAGGAGAAUUUUUGUGGAGCCUCCGUCAUUGUGCCUGACCUUGAGGGCGUUCUGUAUCUGAAGGAGGAUGGCAAGAAAUCCUGGAAACAGCGCUACUUCCUGCUGCGAGCCUCUGGAUUGUAUUACUCACCCAAAGGCAAGACAAAGGCUUCACGGGAUCUUGUGUGUUUGGUGCAGUUUGACAAUGUGAACGUCUACUACUGCAAAGAAUAUAGGAACAAAUACAAAGCACCAACAGACCACUGCUUCAUUCUCAAGCAUCCUCAGAUUCAAAAAGAAUCACAGUACAUCAAGUAUCUGUGUUGUGAUGAUGAGUUGACCAUGACUCUGUGGGUGACUGGGAUACGUAUUGCAAAGUAUGGUAAGCAGUUAUAUGAAAACUACAAGACCGCUGUGAGGAAAGCCUCAGGCUCUGCAACCUGGGCUAACCGCACUAUCCAGGCCUCCUCCAGUGCAUCGACACCCUCUCCUAAACCUAAAGUCAAAGCUGCAAAUGGACACGCUCCUCAGCCUACAAAGGACACCAUGGGUCCUGCCAACCAAACAUCUUUUCCACCACCUCCGCCUUCAUUGGACAUCCUGCCUCCUCCACCACCUGACCCCAUGUUGCCUCCUCCUCCUCCUGCCCCUCCUGCCAGCACAACCAAAGUCAACAAGUUUCCUCCUCCACCUAAAUUCCCACAAUCCUCCUUCCCACCUCCACCCAUGGAUGACCUGCCUCCUCCACCACCUCCUCCAGAAGAUGCCGAGCUGCCCCCUGACUUUCUUCCUCCACCGCCACCUAGUUUUGGAUCUUACGGGGCAGAUAUGCUCCCCCCACCACCUCCAGACCCCAUUGCCUCCUUUCCACCACCUCCUCCUGGUCCCCAAAACUUUGCAUCUGCAGGUGGAGCACCGCCACCACCUCCACCCCCGCCUCCACCACCAGCUCCUGCACCGGCUGCCAACCCAUCCGCCGGCUCCGUCAGAAAAGUGGCUCCACCUCCACCAAAGAGAACUACACCUCAACUAACAGCGCCCUCAGGUGGUGACCUCAUGUCAGAACUGAUGACAGCCAUGCAGAAAAAGCGUGGUCAAUAAUGAUCUUGAAGACAGAAAGAGCUAAUUGACAUAGUUGGACUGAGGAACUGACCGUCAAACCAGUUCUUGGCGUGACAUUAGGGCACACAUCUUUAAUUCUGUUGUUGUUCAAUAUGCUUGCAUUACACCACCAAACUUAAAUAUGUAAAUAUGUUGUUCUUAUGCACCUAAUCAGAUUAUAUACUGUAUGUAUUACAAAUGUGCUAUAUCUUCAUUGCUAAUGAAAUGUCAUAAUAAAUCAGGUCUUGCAAAGUUAACUGUAAAACAGAUUCCGGCAUGCCUAAUUGUUGAGUUCUCCUUUUUACAGUAAACAGGAGAUGUAUGAUGCGGGCAUAAUCAGAUGAUGCAUGAUGCAAAGUUUUGUGCACUUUUUGUAGAAAUGCAGAAACAGCAAUACGACAAAAGACUUCCAUGUUAGUAUGUUACAGCUGAAGACUGUGCAGCCACAGGGGUGUAUAUAUAAUGUCGAACAUGGCUCAUCAUCCAAUCAGAUCAUCCAUUAGGAAGUUCAGACCUUCAGAUGUGUUUACAAUGUUAUAAACAAUAUUUUUGGUUCAAA